GUCCCCCUUUAUAUCGCCGAUGUGCCAAGUUGGAUAGCGCACAAAGAGACGGCGCAGGUCUGGUCGCGCGUGCGCGCUCCUUCACGUCUCAAUGUGGGACAGCAGAAAGUGGCAUCAGAGGGAAAGUGGAUUAAAGUAGGUUCCUCUCCUCCUCCUUUCUCCCUCGUUCUCUCCCUCGUGGACGCGUGUUUUUUUGGCAGGGUCACCUGAGUCCUCCGGUUGGCCGUGGCUCGCAGACAAAGGAACACUCUCGUCCAAUCAAAUGCAGCCGCUCUACUGUUCUCAUUAGAAGUGGGCGGAGUCUGCCUGUUUGGAGAGAGAGUGAAAGUGAUUAGGGCUCUUUAUAUUUCCUCGGGCCCCAAUGAUCCCAUCAGAACUUCAUCAGGAGACUCCAGAUACGGACUUAAGCUGGGAAAAAGAUCCACACGAAGACGUCUGAAGAUAUGGGGACGUGGACACACACACUCCUCCAGGAGAUGGACAGAGACGAGUCUCUUCUGGAGCGAGAUGAACAGAGCACGCCUCUGAGGAUGAAGGAGGAGGUUGUAGGUUGCACACAUGCUGACUGUCCGUGUGAGUGUUUCCUGCCAGGACAAACUCGGAUCAGGUCAUGUGAUCGCUGUGCACAUGGCUGGGUCAUUCACGCGGUGGGUAAGCUGUGCGCUCCAGCUCUGCUGUGUUCAGGGCAGGUGGAGAUCGUCCAAAAUAACGUGGUGUUUGACAUCAGUAGUCUGAUUCUGUACGGGACGCAGGCGCUUCCCGUCCGGAUGAAGAUCCUGCUGGAUCGGCUGUUCAGCGUCCUCACACACACACAGGUGCUCAACAUCAUACACACUCUCGGGUGGACGCUGCGCGACUACGUGAGAGGAUACAUGCUGCAGGACUCCUUGGGGAGGGUUCUGGAUCGAUGGGUCACCAUGAGCCCGGAGGACGAGGUCGUGACCUUGCAUCAGUUUCUACGUUUCGGGGAAACCAAAUCCAUCGUGGAGCUGAUGACCGAGGAGCAGCAGAUCCCCCCAGAAACCCAUCGCAACCCCGCUUUCAAGCCGAGAGACAAACCGCCCUCCAAAACGCACCACUUUGAGAAUCUGCCAGGAGGAAGUCUAGCGUUCCUGCAGCCGUUCCACUACGUCAGUGCGUCCGUGUUUCCACCCUCACAUCCCGUGACACAACGGCCCAGCAAACAGAACAACGGUGCAGAUGAAAUGAGAACCAGAAACAAAAGAGAUGGUGCACCUGAAAGGUUGUUGCAGAUACGGAGUUCCACACGGUCACCGAAACGCCUGCGAAACGUAGAACAACGUCAAGUGGGAGUCGGCGAGCUGAUCUCAGACUCUUCGGGAACUGGGGAACGGUCCUCGAGCAAAGCUCGUGUGAGCUGCAGCGCGUGCGCCAAGACGUUUUACGAUAAAGGAACGCUGAAGAUCCACUUCAACGCCGUGCACUUAAAGAUCAAACACCGCUGUACCGUCGAAGGCUGCAACAUGAUGUUCAGCUCACUGCGCAGCCGAAACCGACACAGCGCAAACCCCAACCCGCGACUACACGCCGCGCUCGAACAGGCGACACGCAGAUUCCUCGCUCAACCUCGUCGAUCGGUCUUGCGUGAAUCUACCUCGCCAGUCUCCAUGGCAAACACCAACACUGUAUUUACUGACCACCAGAUUCCAGUCAUCUGUGAAGGAGGAGGGGGAGGAGCUACAGGCGAUCGCACGGCCAAUCAGAUUGGGCUUAGUCAUGUGAUUGACGUGAUGCCGAAAAAGAAGUCACGGAAGUCCAGUACGCCGUUGAAGCUUAAACAAGAAACUCACUGUGAAGAACACGAUCACUUAUCACAACCGGUCAACAGUCUCCAUUGCAUCCAGUCACCUAUGACCAACACACAGGUGCAGUACAACUACAAGCAUCUUUGGAUUCAAGGAGUGCAUGAUGAACGGAAAGGCAGGCGUCGACCUCUACUAAAGGUCAAAGAGGAGCCGUGUGACCCCAUCUGUGACUGUAGAGGUCGUCACCGUAGCAACCUGUGA